UGAACACUUGCAGCCCAAGCCACGCCCUUCUUACGUUUAUUUAACUCCAGUGGAUGGUGGCCGGAAAAGGACAAUGGUUUCCAUGUCAGCGACAAACGCACUCCUGGUAGUUCUUGGACCUGAUAGUUUUAAGAUUGCUGAGGAGCGAGAAAGUAGCUGAGGGAGCCUGUGCCUCUCGUAGAACAGGAGCCAUGCCGCGCCGGGGCCUAGUGGCAGGGCCAGACUUUGAUGAUUUUCAGCGUCGGUAUUUCACGCCGUCAGAAGUAGCUGCACACAACCAACCCGAGGACCUAUGGGUGUCUUACCUGGGAUUUGUUUACAAUCUAACACCACUUGUACAGGAAUUCAAAGGGGAUCUGCUGUUGAAACCCAUCCUGGAGGUUGCAGGCCAGGACAUUAGUCACUGGUUUGAUCCAGAGACUAAAGACAUUCGCAAGCAUAUAGAUCCACUGACUGGUUGCGUGAGAUACCGCACCCCGCGGGGCCGCUUCGUGCAUGUCCCGCCUCCUCUGCCCCGUUCAGACUGGGCCAAUGAUUUCGGAAUACCCUGGUGGAAGGGGGUAAAUUACCAGGUGGGGCGACUGUCUGCCCGGACUCGGAACAUCCGUAUUAUUAACACUCUAACAAUACAGGAGCACACACUGCAGGUGGGGGCUCUGGAAUCAAUGUGGGAAAUCCUGCACCGCUAUCUCCCCUACAAUGCACAUGCUGCCAGCUACACAUGGAAAUACGAUGGGAAGAAUUUGAACAUGGAUCAAACUCUGGAAGAAAAUGGGAUCCGGGAUGAAGAAGAAGAGUUUGACUAUCUCAAUAUGGAUGGUACAAUUCACACACCUGCAAUACUGCUCUACUUCAAUGAUGACCUCACAGAGCUAUAGACUCAAGUGCAUGUAGACUCAAGAUGUUUGAGUUUGCCUCUUUCUAUGCCUUGAGGAAAAGAGGUGUGGGUGUGUGGGGCUGGCCUAACCCUCUGUUCCCUGCUGGGAAUCAGCCCGUGGUUCUUGUGUAUCCCUGGCUCCUUUGCUCAUGGGUGAUUUGCUCAGAGUGUUAGUGGGGUCCUAGGGAAGAAUCCAUGAAGAGAGCUAGAGUCUCUCAGGAGUGUGAGGAGGAAGCACGGCUCAGGCAAAACUUUUUAGUAGUAAGAGAAAGACACACGGGGUGAAGGGAGGGAAGAACUUUUUUGGCAAAGGUGAGAAUGAGAUAUUUGUAGGAAGGUAGGAUUUACAGGAUUUGGAAAUUAGCUUUACCAAUCAUAGGUGGUUGGUAGAUUUCCUUUUUAAAGGUGUUUACUAGUUGGUGCCCCAGGAAAAGUGAAUGAGGUUAAUUUAGAAUUGAAAUGCUGGAGUUUUACACUGUUCAAUACAGCUAUCCUAUAACAUUAACGCUAUUUCACAGAUAAUUCCUUAGGAAUUUACCAAGUCGGGCAUCUUUCAGUGUAAAGGAACAUUCUCAGCAGCCUUGCUUAAUGCUAACAUUUCUGAUGGCUGCUCUCAAACCGUGUAUUUGGAAUGUGAGUUUGUCCUAGGCUUACUGCAUGAUGGGGAAAUAGAAGCCUAUUGUGUACUUAAUAUUUACUGUGUUUUAGGGGGUUAAUUUAGAGAGAACUCAGGAUGGAGGCAGGGAAGGCUAAAUCUCAGCCAAGCACUGGCUAUUGAGGCUACUUCCUUGUUGAUAUCCUAAGAUUUCUGACUGUUUGGGUGCAAGAAGGUAGAUAUUUACUGACUCUAGGAAGAAGCAGAAUGGAGAAAGGGCCUGUAGAUAGAGAAAUUCUAAUGAGGGACCCAAAAGGGUACACCUUCUUUUUCCAGUAGGCCUUGCCACUGACAGACAGCAAGGAAGACAGUUGAAUUUGUCAAAUGGUGACCCUAAAAGAGGUUUGUUAGGGUCAGAAAGAAGGGGGCUAAGAGAGGCAGACAACUCUCAUAGCGACUGGCUGCAUCUGGUUCCCUUUAUCCCUAACAGAGGAGGGGGAUUAAGGCUGACAAUGUGCCAGGUGGAGUAGCUUUAAUCCCAGCACUGAGGAGGCAGAGACAGCUGGAGCUCAUGAGUUCCAGGCUAGCCUGGUCUACAAAACAAGCUCCAGAAUAGUCAAAGCUACAUAGAGAAAACCUGUCUCAAAACCAAACCAAAACAAAACAACAACAUAGUUUGCAGCAGCAUCAGGCAAAUACAGUCAAGGAGCUUGCGUCUUUCCCUCCAUGAGAGAGACACUGGGUGGGACGCACUGUCUUCUGAGAAGGUGACUGUAGAGGCAUGAGCCAAGGUGGACUCAAACUCUUGAUUUCAGUGAUUUUUUAAUCUACUGAUGCUGACGACUUUCACUUAGUCGUAUGCAACCUAAGAGUCCAUAAACUGCUUGGAUGAAUCAGUCAGUCGUGAUAUUUAGUAAGCUCAGAAAUGAUCUAUGUGUGUUCUUAUUUGUUUUUCUGAGUCUUAAACUAUCCGAGAGCCAAAGCAGGUCCUCCCCGGCAUCCUCAGGGGGUGCUGUGGGCUGGGCUCAUCCUGCCAAGCUUGUCUUUUCCAGGACAUCCCACUUACAGAUUUUUUUCCUGAUUUUCCUGGGGCGGGGUGGGGGAUGUGUCUCAUUAUGUAGCCCUGGAUGGCCAGGAACUCAGAGAUCACUCACCUAGUCCCAGCUUCUUGUUACACACACUCCUGUCCCUAAAUGCCCAAGAGCUCAUCCGGUCUAUCUCUAAGAAUCUUUGGAAUCUGUUCUUCUGUCUAAUAUAAUAACCACCUUUGUCUCAGAUUACUGGGAAACUUCCUGAUGUCUGUUUUCUACCUCUGCCUUCACAAACCUAAAUAUCUUACUUUCUGUCUUAGAUCUUCAGUAGGCUUUUCAUGCUUUUGAAAUAAAGCCCUAGCUGGGCGGAGGUGGCACACACCUGUAAUCCCAGCACUUGGGAGGCAGAGGCAGGCAGAUUUCUGAGUUCCAGGCCAGCCUGGUCUACAGAGUGAGUUCCAGGACAGCCAGAGCUAUACCUGCCUGCUCUGGUCAAGAACCCUGUCUCAAAAAAACCAAAUCCCCCAAACAAACAAACAAACAAACAAACAAAAGAAAAAAAAAAAAAGAAAAGAAAUAAAGCCCUAAAUUCAAGAAGCCUUGCAUAAAUCGGGCCCUGCCUCGAUGCCCGUGGCAUCCCCUCACGGUCCUCCUUGUCCUGCAAGCCAUGAGGCCUCUUCCUACCUCAGUUCACAUGGAAGCUGUUCUCAGUGCACCACACCCUUCUAUCCGGCACCUUGAUUAUCCUAACUAUUCGGUUUUCUUCUUUGUCUUUUUUGGCCUCACCUCAGCAGUAUGCACUUUUUUUUUUCUGUGUUCUUAUUAUCACUUCAAAACUACAUAGACAGGUAAAAAUGGCUGUCUGACUGCUAGAUUGUAAGCUCACGAGGGCAGAAACUUCCUUCAUUUCUGUAUUCUCAUUGCUGAACACAUAGCUGCUGCUCAAUAAAUAGACUGAAUGAA